CUGUGUAGUGACGUAGGACGCAACGCCAGGGGUGAGAGGUCACGGCGGCGAACGCGGUGUGUGUCUUCUCGUACCGUUAUAUGAGAGAUUGUUAUUCGUCCGCCCGGGCUCUCUCAAUGCGGGGGCAGUACGGGCGAGAGCAUGACCCGGAGAGCAGUUAGCAGGAAGAGGAAAGCGGCGCCGGGGACCGGAGAUCAGGUUGACUGGGACCAUGCCGCUCAGAAGCGGAGGAGGCUUCCUCCAGAGAAGAAGUCCGUGGUGUAUUAUCUGAAAACCAGGGAACUGAGAGCUCAGGGUGAGCGCAGCUACCACCGCCUAAUACGUGGCUGCGCCGCUCAGACGCUCCCCGGGAUUCUCAAAGAGAAGGAGUUUAAUCUCGGCACUCUCAACAAAGUGUUUGCUUCGCAAUGGCUGAACCAUCGGCAGCUUGUUUGUGGAACCAAAUGCAAUACGUUGUUUGUGGUGGACGUACAGACUGGGCAGAUCACAAAGAUUCCCAUAUUAAAGGACCGUGAACCGUCCAAUACAGCACCACAGAGCUGCGGCAUCCAUGCCAUUGAAAUCAAUCCUUCCCGAACCCUGCUGGCUACCGGAGGUGAUAACCCCAACAGCCUGGCCGUCUACCGGCUUCCCACCCUGGAUCCCGUCUGCGUGGGAGAUAGAUUGAGGACUUUGUGUCCUAAAUCUCUUUAUCACAAUGACUGGAUUUUCUCUAUUGCGUGGAUUAGCGACACCCUGGCAGUUUCAGGCUCCCGGGAUGGUUCUAUGGCUUUGUGGGAGAUAAAUGACGAGGUGAUGAAUAAAUGUAACUUCCAACACAGCCAUUCUCGGGUGCCAGUCUACGCGCAUAUUGACCACAAGGCUUUGAAGGAUAUCCCCAAAGAAACGAGCAAUUCCUCCAACUGCAAGGUGCGCGCCCUGGCCUUCAACAGCAAGAACAAGGAGCUGGGUGCUGUGUCCCUGGAUGGCUACUUCCACCUGUGGAAAGCGGAGCACACACUAGCUAAGCUUCACUCCAUGAAGUUACCAUACUGCAGAGAGAACGUGUGCCUGUCCUAUGGCUUGGAGUGGUCUGUGUACGCGGUGGGAUCGCAGGCUCACGUCUCUUUCUUGGACCCCCGGCAGCCUCCGCAGAACGUCCGGUCCGUGUACUGCAGGGAGCAGGGCAGCGGUAUCCGGUCAGUGAGCUUCUAUGAACAUAUAAUCACUGUGGGGACCGGACAGGGCUCCCUCCUGUUCUAUGACAUCCGAGCUCAGAGGUUUCUGGAUGAUUCUAUUGGCAAUUUCCAGUCUUUAAAGUCAAGAGGAGAAAUGCUGAAACUGACCACGGGGAAAGGCUGGUUGAACCAUAACGACAUGUGGAGGAACUACUUCUCUGACAUAGACUGCUGCCCGAAUGCUGUUUACACCCACUGCUACGACUCGUCUGGAACGAAGCUCUUUGUAGCGGGUGGUCCCCUGCCAACGGGUCUUCACGGAAACUACGCCGGUCUCUGGAGCUAGUGCAACACAGCCUGAAAAUAAACGGGCACUGCCGAUUUUUUUUGCCCCCUCCCGGGCUGGAGGGCAGAGACCUGAUAUAAGGGGGGCCUCCCCCUUUUACCCUAAGUGGUUUGUGCCCAGAACGUUAUCCGUCUCCUUUUUGUUUUAUUUGUCAAGACGAUGCUUUAUUCGAAGAUGUUGGUCAGCCAAUUUUGUCUUAAAAUGAAUCAAAGCUUUUACAAAAAAAAAAAAAGUGCUUCUUUUUAAGAAGUUUUCUUUUACCUCCUAAAUGUAAAAUUCUUUCGCACAGUCUUAAGAUCCUCCACCCUUCUUCUUUUUUUUUUUUUUUUUUUUUU